AUGCUAAGUUUCCUAAUAUCGCUGCUAUCAGUUGUUAGUUGCUACCUAUUUCCUUUGCUACUAACUCUUAAGCUGUUGAACACUUUGACCGUGGGUACGAACAAUUCUGAAGUGACUAAGAAUAUCAUAUUUCUUGUUAAUUAUUGGCUUUGCUACAUCGGUGUUAGCUAUGUCCAGAAUCUCUUUUUCAUCCAGCUACUUUCUUUAUCUGGUGUUAGCCCAUUCUUGGAACUAAUUUUUUUUGUGACCAAGUUUUGGCUCUUUUAUGGCCAUGGAUGCUUAGUGAUCAAUUAUGCAUAUCCUGGUGUUGUCAGCUACAAGGUUCUUGGACUCAGAAUGUAUAGCUUCAGUGAUUUUGAAGAGAGGUUCAUCGAGCCUCUAGUGAGGGUAGUUGCAAGCAAUAACAUGUUGUACAAUAGGAUAUUAGCUUUGUCCCUGAACAUUGCAAGGCAAGUCUGCGACAUGAGCAAUAUUACAAGUGGUAUUCAUCUGUAUUUCUAUAUGUUUGCAUCGAGCUUUUCCCAAGACAAGAGCUUUCUUCAGACUUCAUUGGAUUACAUAUGUUAUAUUGACUCACCAGAAGACUUGCUGACAAGAUGCAAGACAUUUGAGCGAACUAUCAGCGCCUUGGGGCUUUUGGGAUGGGUAAAUAAAGAAGCAUUCCUGACAUCUUCGUUAUCAACAUUCAAGAGUUUGAAUAAUAAUGUUCAAACUUUUGCAAUUGUUGAAGGCAAUGUUCCCAAGAAGGAAGAGAAGCGUUAUUCAAAGCCACGAAGUCGCAGUGGGAGUCUAUUGGCCAACGACACCGCCGAGCCAAUAGCACAUGUUGAUAUACCGAAGAUUGUCAACAAAAAUCAUCCGCCAUUGCAACAAAGAGCACACAUCUCGAAGCAUCAGGAGUAUCCUUUUCCAUUACUUCUGCUUUAUACCCAGGAUAUGAAUUUACAACAUCGAAAACCACCGCCGAAGUAUUUCACUAACCAAAAUGUGAUGGAGCAAAACCAGAACCAUCCUAGUAAGUCCAAUAGCCAACCUGCAUCUCGGGUGCCCUCUGAUACUCGGGUACCUUCUGAUACUUUACGACCACUUUAUGAAUCAUUGAAUGGAAAUCAGAUAAGGAUACAUUCAGAAAAGGUAAGACCUUCUUGA